UCCUCCAAACUUUGGCGAGGGUAUCAAUACCCUUCCAUAGGUACAACUCCCCCCAGCCAAAGGUCCAACCCAUCCAGCUGUAGCUCCUUUUAAUUUACUCGCCAAAUUACAUCGGGCUGUAAGCAAUACAUAAGGUAAGACAACACGCCAAUAACUGUAGAGCCCUCAUCCAUUCUCCUCUGCCUCCAGCCCAUUUGUUGGACCUUUGGAACAAUUUAAUAUCUGGAAGGAGCCUGCCUGGUCAGUGGUUUCCAAAGAAACCCAGCUCUGAAAGGGCUUGGGCUCAGAGGAGAGGUGCCCAUGGCUACUUGUAUUUACAGCAGCCCCUUUGCUCCCCAGCUCUGUCCAUUCCCCCCCCCAUCGGGUGGGGGUUUCACAUCUCAGCAGAAAGCAGUAAAAAAUCAAAAUAGCCAUAAUAAUCCCCCCCCAGUAAUCACAUUUCUUUCUUAGUUUCUUUAUUUUCGCCUUUCUUUGACUCCAGAAAUGCCCGGGCGGGUUCUUGGGAAAGAGGAGAAGGAGAAAAGGGAAACGAAAGCAAACUGAAGUUCGCUUUUUGGGGAGGGGGAACCGCCUGUAAAUCUCCCCCCAUGCAGAUGAGUCUUGUGCCUGCUCCAGGUUGGGCAGCCCUAGGUGGGAGCCAGCGAGCUCCCCAUGCUAAAGAAGAUGGUGCACACUUCCAGCUCUCCCCUUUUUUGGUUCGAAACUUUAUUUUUUUCCCCUAGUGACACUCAGGGGAAGCCUUAACGUUAUAGAAGAUGAAUACACGAGCUUUUUUUUUUUCAGUUGUAGUCUCGUUUAUGGUUUUAUUGCUACCAUUGAUUACUUUGCUUUGUUACACAGAGGAAAAAGAGCAUAAAAUCCGUUGGCAUCCGGGUUCCUGUUAUAGCUGGGGAAAAAAAAUAUACACCCACCGCCCCCCAACCCUUCUUUGUCAGCUAAAAUCUUUUAGGGAUACAUCGCUAAAAGAAAAGGGGAAAAAAAAAAAUCAAAGGAAUUAAGGCUAUUGAUUGAGAGGAAGACACACAAAUAACUCCCAGGUUUGAAUUGGAGUGUGCACCCACAAACCUUCCUCUCCCCAGCCCCCCGCUUAAAAUGAAAACGUGGACACGAUGGAGGUUGAAAGAAAACCCCCAGCAACAACAGAGAGGAGGCCAGGGUUUCCCUGCCAUAAUUGCAUUUUUAAAUAGCAAGCCACCAGAAUGAUAAAGAUACCUCGCAAUAUUUACAGAUCAGCAGUUGAAAAUGUAAAUACCCUCCAGCUUUGAGAAUGAACAGGGAAACGUUUGAGGGGAGAAAUGUCAAACUCGAGGAGAAAUCUAACUUCCAGGCUAAACGUGAGUUUGCAGUGUUGGGUGUUGCUUUGCUGGAUGUCUUUCUUUCCCCCCCCCCCCCUUUCUCCCCUCCCCAAGACACACUUUGGGAAGGCUCUGAAACACGUUAUCAAUUCAGAAGUCGCCAUGUUUUCCCCCCUCUCUUUAUGGAAUAUUUUCUCAUCAGGAACACAACCGUUUGAUUCCAUAAUAUUGACCAAUGCUACAUGAGAACAAGAAGGAGAAGGAGAAAAAAAAAACAACACAAAACAACAACCCAAAACAACCCAGAGGGUAAUUUAUGGCUUAAUAUUCUGUGGACAUCUGAGAUUUAUUACUGUGAAUUCUGAGCUAUUUUAUUACAAGAUAUUAAGCAAACAUUGCUUAAAACAACCCACCCAACACAACACCACCACCACACGCACCACAACCCCAAAGCGCAAGCCCCAUAACGCUCAGGCACACAGACGGUGCUUCCAAACCUCAGUGACCAUUAGCAGAAAAGGGGGUGAAGGAGAAAAGGGGGGGGGGGAGGGAAAAGUUAAGCCUGGCUUAAGAAAUUUGCCCCCCCCCCCCCCUCCUUUUUCCCCCCUUCAGCCCCAAGCAGGAUCCCCAGCCCAGGAGCGCUCCCCUCCCCACCGCAUCCUCCCCAACCCCCGGCGCCCCGGGGGUGCUGGGGGGGGUUUGGGGGUGCAGGACUUACUUUCCAUGCCCACUUAGUUUCAACUAGGGAAUCAACAGAAGCAAAAGCAAUUUUUUCCCUUUUUGACACCCGCCUCCCCAUUGGCUCCCCCCGGGUCAGCUGACUUUGUCAUUUUGUCUGUCCUGGAGCAGAGCCUUCCCUAUAACAAUCUAGUUCAGACUACAAACUGGAGACAGAAAUAAAUAUUAAAGAAAUCACACAGCCAGGUGUAGAGGACGAUAUGAAUUCCUAUUUUACAAACCCAUCUUUAUCCUGCCAUCUAACCAGUGGCCAAGAGGUGCUUCCCAACGUAGCCCUCAAUUCAACUGCCUAUGACCCUGUCAGGCAUUUUUCUACUUAUGGAGCAGCCGUUGCUCAAAACCGGAUUUAUUCUUCUCCUUUUUAUUCACCGCAAGAUAAUGUUGUGUUUAGCUCCAGCCGAGGACCUUAUGACUAUGGAUCUAAUGCUUUUUACCAAGAAAAAGACAUGCUUUCUAGCUGCAGGCAAAAUUCUAUGGGACAUAAUACACAGACAUCAAUCGCACAGGAUUUUACCAGUGACCAAAACAGGAACACUUCGCAAGAACAAAAAACUAGCAUUCAAAUAUACCCAUGGAUGCAGCGUAUGAACUCCCACAGUGUCUGUUUUGUCUCGGCAUCCCUAGGAGUGGGCUACGGGGCCGACCGCCGGCGGGGCCGCCAGAUUUAUUCCCGUUAUCAAACCUUGGAGCUGGAGAAGGAAUUUCACUUCAACCGGUACCUGACCCGGCGAAGGCGGAUCGAGAUCGCCAACGCUCUGUGCCUGACGGAGCGGCAGAUCAAAAUCUGGUUCCAAAACCGGAGGAUGAAAUGGAAAAAAGAGAGUAAUUUGAGUUCAACCCUCUCCGGGGCGGGGGGGGGGGCAGCCGCCGCAGCCGCCGACAGCUUGGCCAAGGAGGAGAAGCGAGAAGAGACAGAGGAGGAGAAGCAGAAGGAGUGAAAAAGUGACAGCUCGGCGGCAGGACACCCCCCCACACACACACUCCCCUCCAACCCCCCCUCCAGACCCGUAUUUAUCACUGGCACAAUGUUUGGCUACGUUAAAAAAAAAAAAAAAAAAAAAGAAAAAAAAAAAGGAAAAAAAAGGAGAAAAAUUAUUAAAAAAAUAAUAUUAAAGGGGGGGUGUUAAAAAAUUAAGGUCUAAGGUGGAAAUGUGGACACCCCCCCCCUCGCUACACAGCCCCCUCCCAGUGACCCCAUCCCCCGCACACCCAUCUCGCCAUCGCCUAUUUAUCUAUCUCGGGAUAAGACUGUUUCAAGCCGCACACGCUCCACACCCCCCUUCUCCUCCUCCUCCUCCUCUCCCAUCCCUUCCUUCCACCACCA